CUUCAGUCUGCAGAAGAGUAAGGAUAUAAAGAUGAGUGGCGAGACUAGCAGCACCAAGCAGAAAACAUUUCACGAUACCAAGAUAUUCUUUCACAAAGCUUUCAGAAAUGUGAGAUCCAUGCUGUUGAGAGGGUACGCAAAGCUACCUAGAAAUGCUUUCACCAAUCCCAUAUUCUCUGGUAGCAGCAAGAUCGGUCCCAAGUUGCAGGAGACCGACAGUUCGUGCAAGAGUUCCUCACAGAGAUGGGAUUUCAAUGAGGCGGUGAGCAAGAAAGAUGCCCUACUUGCACUGAAGGGGCAUACGAAUGGAGUAGAAGGCUCCACGAGCGUUCGUCGAUCAGAGGACCAGAAGGCAAGAUCACGCCUUCCAGGGAAGGAACAAGAGUCUAGUUUCUUGGCUACAGAGGACUUCGCAAAGAAGAUGGAAGAGUUGGAAAUGAUGGAUGUGAGUGAUGGGGAUCAUGUGCUGGACAUAGAUGAAGUUGUUCAUUGCUACUCCCUCCUCACCAGCCCAACUUAUUUAGAUAUAGUUGACAAAUUCUCCAAGGAUGUCUACCGGGAACUCAAUCUUCCCCAACCAUCAAGAAAUGUCAACAACUCAGUGAGGAAACUGGAUUCAGCAGCAAGCAUUCACGGUUCAAUGAGGAAGUUGGGUUCAGCCAGUGUUCACGGUUCGAUGAGGAGACUUGGUUGCUCAACCAGUGUCCAUACUUCAAUGGGAAAAGUAGGUUCAGACAAAGCUCACGGUUCAAUAAGGAAACUGAGUUCAACCAAUGCUCACAGCUCAAAGACAAAAUUGGGUUCAGAGAGCCUUCAUGGUUCGAUGAGAAGAUUGAGUUCAGACAACAUUCAUGGUUCAAUGAGGAAAUUGGGUUCCUACAGCAUUCACGGUUCAAUGAGGAGAUUGGGUUCAGACAACGUUCACGGGUCAAUGAGGAAAUUGGGAUCAGACAGCAUACACGGGUCAAUGAGGAAAUUGGGUUCACACGACAUUCAUGGGUCAAUGAGGAUUCUGACAUCAGACAGCAUACACGGAUCAAUGAGGAAACAUGGUUCAGACAGCAUACAUGGGUCGAUGAGCAUGAGGAAACUGGGUUCAGACAGCAUCUAUGGUUCCCUGAGGAAACUGAGAUCAGAUAGUAUUCGCAGUUCAAUGAGGUGUCAGCCCUCUUAAGCUAUAUGCAGCUAAGUAUAAAGAAUCCAGAUGCUUAGGGAUUCAUGGUUUUGUCUUUAUUUAGCUGUGCGUGAGAGAGUGUUAAGUCCAGUAGCAGUUCCUAGUUUUCGGGACCACAUUCAUUGGAUGGUAGGUGCCAGCGCUUUCACCACAAGCUAUAAUGUAUUCGGAUACCAUUAUUUUCUGUAGAUUACAAUAACUACUCUAUGCAUCCUUAUUUCAGAUUGAAAUUGCUUGUACUUGUACUAUAACUUGUUACUUUUAUUGCAUCUUUGGCUCUUCGUUCA